GAUUGCUCUUCCAUUUCUUAGGUCCUUGAGGCGUGCGCAAGCAGAAAGAGCAGCAACCACGGAAUGCGAAUCAGGUUUCGCGGAAUUGGACAACAUCAACUCGUAAAAUACCAUUAACGCUUUCAGGGGUUGCUUGCUAUUGAGGUAAAGAUUCUGAAGAGAGGUCCAUGAGCCCACAUCCGGAUUUGGCAUUAGCUCGAAUAUAUUCCGCCGUUCAACUACUUUGUUGAGCUUUGCAUAAGCCUUGAGCAUUCUGCAACCGAAGUAAUGCUGAAAGAUAGCGAGGGCGAUGGUGUGGGCGAGAUUUGAUUAAGAAGAUUGUGGUGCCUUCCCCAUUUUCCCAGUAGAAUUUUCAGCUUCUCGAAAGAUGCCUGGUGUUUACUGAUUAGGAGGAAGAGAGAAGGCUGCUACUGAAAUGACAAGCCUUAAUCUUGGGCAUCCAUUUCACUCCACCGCCGGCCGGAGACUACGGUGGCUGCCCGAGAAACCAGCAUCUCGGCUUACAAUCUCAUGCUCCAGUUCUCUCCUCCCAAAUAAGUUUAAGAGAGCGUACACGAGUGUGAUGAUAGUGCCGACUGGAGUGGGAGCGACAGUCGGUGGUUAUGCGGGGGAUGCUUUACCGGUAGCUCGAACCCUCGCCUCUGUCGUUGACUGCCUCAUCUCUCAUCCCAAUGUUCUCAAUGCAGCAAUGCUGUACUGGCCAAUGCCGAAUGUACUGUAUGUUGAGGGCUAUGCACUGGAUAGAUUUGCUGAAGGCCUUUGGGCACUACAACCAGUUCAUCAGAAUAAGGUGGGGCUGGUUCUUGAUGCUGGGAUAGAGGAAGAACUUCGCAUUCGUCAUUUACAGGUGGUGGAUGCAACAAGGGCUUCUCUUGGUUUGCCUAUUGUAGAAUAUAUUGUGACAGAUGCAGCUCUACAGGUGGAAAAGUGGAUAGACCCCAAGAGUGGACAAUCCACUGGAAGGAUACAGCGUCCUGAUUCCCUAUUAAGGGCUGUGGAGAUAUUAGUAGAGAGAUCUGGUGUGAAUGCCAUAGCAGUUGUGGCACGCUUCCCAGAUGAUGAUACUGAUGAUGAUGUAGAAAAUUAUCGACAAGGAAAGGGCGUUGAUCUUUUGGCAGGUGUAGAGGCAGUCAUAAGCCAUCUGGUGGUGAAGAAAUUUGGAAUUCCUUGUGCCCAUGCUCCUGCAUUAUUACCUUUUUCAUUGAGUCCUUCUUUAUGUCCAAAAUCAGCUGCUGAAGAGAUAGGGUACACAUUCUUGCCAUGUGUGCUUGCUGGCCUUAGUACUGCUCCUCAGUACUUGGUCCAGAACUUCAAUUCUACAGGAAAGGACUAUAUACUUGCUAGUGAUGUUGACAGUGUGAUUCUACCAAUUGAUGCUUGUGGAGGAGACGGGGCUCUUGCAUUUGCUAGUAGGAAAACAAACAAGCCACUUUUAAUUGCCGUUGAAGAGAAUGAAACUGUUCUCAGUGAUACCCCUGAGAAACUUGGGAUUCCAGCAGUGAAGGUAUCAAAUUACUGGGAGGCUAUCGGAGUUGUUGCAGCUCAUAAGGCAGGAGUAGACCCAAAUUCUCUGAGAAAAAACAGAAUAAAGAACAUAUGCAGUACCUCUUUCAUUCCUUCCAAUGGCUAUGCCGCAGGAGAACCGGUUUGCUUGAUGGACGACAUCAGUUGUUUUCCUAGUUCGAAAAAUUACUGGCGCUGAAGAUAUUACAGUUACUGUUGUAGAUUAAGAUUAUUAAUAAGUAAUAGAAAAGAAAAGUUGAUUACCGAGUUGAGAUCAUCUCCGCAGAGCUGCAAGACUCGGAUUUCAACACAAAAAAUUAUUGCAA